UUCGCCAAGUUGGACGCGUUAUCCGGUAUCGCGUCUCCGUCGUAGGUGUGAUCAGCAGCAGUAGCAAUUUUAUUUGCACUGCUCUCUCCUAUCAGUAUCAGUGUCCUUCCCGUUUUUUCCCAAGUGCAAUGGAGCAAUCCUGAACUUCAUACAGCCCAACCAAGAAUCCAGCUGUACGGAAAUCUAUUGAAGCUCCACUGAAUGAUUCAAUCUACUGCCGUUGAUGAAGAACCGUAGUGUGUGCUGAUGUGUUGAAGUGUUUGGAACGCAUAUUGGGAGCAGAAUAUUUUCCAAAUAGGAAAACAAGCGAGAGGAAGUGCUACGUGAAUGCGUACGAGCUGAUCGAUGAGUAGUGGGUGGCUCGAGUCUUGCAUCUGAAACCGAUGGGGCAUUAUUCCUGUAAUUAGUGUUGCUGCACGAUUGAAGUGUGAAGAGACGAAGGUCGAUUUUGAAUUAGGUUAUGUGUAUAGUUAAAUUGUGUGUAGUGUAAUACUCUGUGGUGAAAUAUACAGUGUUAUUUGUUGAAUAAUUUAGGAUAGUGUGUAUGCCGAGAAGCUAAUAGUCUUUAGUGCGUGGCGUUGUUUUGUUACUCGUCGCUUGAAAAAUUGUUACUCGUCGCUUUUGAUCCAGUCCUAGAAGCAAAUACAAACCUCUUACCUUACCACGUUAUAUUGAAAUUUUUACACGUGUAAAGUUAUCGUUAAAGAAGUUCCUUACCAAAAAAAUUAAUUAAACGGUGGAAUAAAAUCAUUUCAAGUGCCGUGUCCUAGUGUGUGCGACGUUUAGUUAACAACCAUGGCUCAGUUUGUGACACACAUACAACCCACGCUGCUGGAAGCGGCACAGGGUCAUCUUCCACAUCACCAUGGCCAUCAGGUGGGACUACACCAUACGUCCCAUUUGCCACACAGUGGUCACAAUAUGCCAUCACCUCCGACGGUGCAUCAUGGCCAUAGUCAUAGCCAUGUCCAUGGCCAUCACCCGUCGCCGUCCCAUGCAACACUGUCGCACAGUGCCAGUCGAGAGAUUGGCAAUGGGAAAGCCUCUAAAUCGCAUCACUCGCACCAGCUGAUGUCGCCAAAGUCGGCAGACCACCAUCGGCAUGGCGGCAGUGUGGAACAGCAACAUCAGUAUCAUCAGCAGUACCAACAGCAAAUGACACUGAUCCAGCAGCAGCAGCAUCAUCAACAUAUGCAUCAGCAGGCGUCAGCAGCGGCUGCGGGAAGCGGAAGCCACCAUGGCCACAGCCAUCACCAUUCCGGCUCGUCUGACGGAAACACCUCGUUUCUGCGCGCAGCUAGAGCAGGCAAUCUAGAAAAAGUUUUAGAGCAUCUUAAAAAUAACAUCGACAUCAAUACUAGCAAUGCGAAUGGCUUGAAUGCGCUACAUCUCGCAUCGAAGGAUGGCCACGUUGCCGUGGUCUCGGAGCUGCUGGCUCGAGGUGCGACCGUGGACGCGGCCACCAAGAAGGGCAACACCGCACUGCACAUCGCUUCGUUGGCCGGCCAGGAGGAAGUGGUCAAACUGCUGAUCCAGAAAAAUGCUUCGGUUAACGUGCAGUCGCAAAAUGGCUUCACACCGCUGUACAUGGCUGCCCAAGAGAACCACGACUCGGUAGUGCGCCUGCUGCUGUCCAAUGGCGCUAACCAGAGCUUGGCCACCGAGGACGGAUUUACUCCGUUGGCCGUUGCUAUGCAGCAAGGUCACGAUAAGGUGGUGGCCGUAUUGCUUGAAAGUGACACCCGUGGUAAGGUCCGACUGCCGGCAUUGCAUAUCGCAGCGAAGAAGGACGACGUUAAAGCCGCAACGCUGCUGCUGGAGAACGACCACAAUCCGGACGUUACAUCCAAGUCCGGUUUUACGCCGCUGCACAUCGCAUCGCACUACGGCAACGAGGCUAUGGCCAAUCUGUUAAUCCAGAAGGGCGCUGAUGUGAACUACGCUGCCAAGCAUAACAUUAGCCCGCUGCAUGUCGCCGCCAAGUGGGGCAAAACUAAUAUGGUAGCUUUGUUGCUGGAAAAGGGCGCCAACAUUGAAAGCAAGACCCGUGAUGGUCUGACACCGCUGCACUGCGCCGCACGCUCCGGUCAUGAGCAGGUCGUCGAUAUGUUGCUGGAGCGUGGAGCUCCCAUCAGCGCCAAAACGAAGAACGGCUUGGCACCGCUGCACAUGGCUGCUCAGGGCGAACACGUAGAUGCAGCCCGAAUUCUGCUGUAUCACCGUGCACCGGUCGACGAAGUCACCGUCGAUUACCUGACGGCACUGCACGUAGCCGCCCACUGUGGUCAUGUCCGUGUGGCGAAGCUUCUGCUGGAUCGCAAUGCCGAUGCCAAUGCACGGGCACUCAACGGGUUCACUCCGUUGCACAUUGCGUGCAAGAAGAACCGCAUCAAGGUCGUCGAGCUGCUGCUGAAGCACGGUGCUAGUAUCAGCGCCACUACGGAAAGUGGCCUGACGCCGUUGCACGUGGCUUCCUUCAUGGGCUGCAUGAACAUCGUUAUCUACUUGCUGCAGCACGACGCCAGUCCGGAUGUACCGACGGUGCGCGGAGAGACUCCGCUCCAUCUGGCGGCCAGAGCUAAUCAGACGGACAUCAUUCGCAUCUUGCUGCGCAACGGAGCGCAGGUCGACGCCCGGGCCCGUGAACAGCAGACUCCGCUGCACAUCGCUUCCCGGCUGGGCAACGUUGACAUCGUCAUGCUGCUGCUGCAGCACGGUGCCCAGGUCGAUGCCGUCACCAAGGACAUGUACACGGCGCUGCACAUCGCUGCCAAGGAGGGGCAGGACGAGGUUGCCGGAACUCUGUUGGAGAAUGGUGCCCAGAUUGAUGCCUCGACAAAGAAGGGCUUCACACCGAUGCAUUUGACUGCCAAGUAUGGCCACAUCAAAGUUGCCGAGCUACUCCUCACCAAGAAUGCUCCGGUCGAUGCCCAAGGCAAGAACGGCGUUACUCCGCUGCACGUCGCCAGCCAUUACGAUAAUCAAAACGUAGCAUUACUGCUGCUAGAAAAGGGUGCUAGCCCACACGCAACGGCUAAGAAUGGUCACACACCGUUGCACAUUGCCGCUCGUAAGAACCAGAUGAGCAUUGCUACUACACUGCUGCAGUACGGUGCAAAUGCCAACGCCGAAAGUAAGGCCGGAUUCACUCCGCUACAUCUGAGCUCACAGGAAGGGCAUCAUGAAAUGUCGGCUCUGCUGCUCGAAAACAAGGCCAAUCCAGAUCAUCAGGCACGGAACGGUCUUACGCCACUUCAUCUUUGCGCACAGGAAGAUCGCGUCAACGUUGCACAAGUUCUGGUCAAACAUGGCGCCGACACACAGGCUGCCACCAAGGCCGGCUACACUCCCCUGCACGUCGCAUCUCACUUUGGCCAGGCAAACAUGGUACGCUACCUGAUCCAGCAGGGCGUAGACAUCAACGCUCCUACUGGAAUCGGUUACACGCCGCUCCAUCAAGCUUCCCAGCAAGGGCAUUGCCAUAUUGUUAACAUCUUGCUCGAAAACAAUGCCGAUCCUAAUGCGAUUACUAAUAGUGGUCAAACGUCACUCAAGAUCGCCCAGAAGCUGGGCUACAUCAGCGUACUGGAUUCGCUGAAGUCCGUUACCGACAAGGAGACCGCUCCGGAGCAGCCACCUUCAGAGGAAAAGUACCGCGUCGUCGCUCCGGAAGCCAUGCAUGAAACGUUCAUGUCCGACUCCGAGGAAGAAGGAGGCGAAGAUACCGUUCUCUCGGAUCAACCGUAUCGCUAUCUGACCGUCGAUGAGAUGAAAUCGCUCGGUGACGACUCGCUCCCGAUCGACGUUACCCGUGACGAGCGGCACGAUUCGAACAAGAUGACUCAGAGUUCGGAUUCGCACCAGUUUCCGCCGACGGCGAUGGAGGACUCCAUCAGCCCACAGCACAUGUCGAUGGUACAGUCCGGUAUUUCCGUUACUGACUUUGCCGACAACAUCAACAUCGAGCGGCAGUCACAUAUCGGAAAGUUACACUGGAAGAACUUCCUGGUAUCGUUCCUGGUGGACGCCCGUGGAGGAGCGAUGCGUGGAUGUCGUCACAGUGGAGUGCGCAUCAUUGUGCCGCCGCGUUCGGCUGCGCAACCUACCAGAAUCACCUGUCGCUACGUGAAGCCACAGCGUACGCUGCAUCCGCCACCGUUGAUGGAGGGCGAAGCGCUGGCCAGUCGGGUGCUGGAGUUGGGCCCGGUAGGAGCCAAGUUCCUCGGACCGGUCAUCAUGGAGGUACCGCACUUUGCAUCACUCCGCGGAAAGGAACGUGAGAUUGUGAUUCUGCGUUCGGAUAACGGUGAAACCUGGCGGGAGCACAACAUCGACAUGUCGGACGAGAUCAUCCACGAUGUGCUGAACGACUGCUUCGAGCCGGAAGAUCUGGCCCAACUGGACGAGCUAGGUGGUGGCCGAAUCUGCCGCUACGUCACCUACGACUUCCCGCAGUACUUUGCGGUCAUCUCGCGCAUCCGCCAGGAGGUGCACGCCAUCGGACCGGAGGGCGGUAUGGUCUCCAGCACCGUGGUGCCGCAGGUGCAGGCAGUCUUCCCGCAGGGUGCCCUCACCAAGAAGAUCAAAGUCGGUCUGCAGGUAAAUUUGUUCAAACCACGCAAGGGUGUUGCGCCGGAAAAGCUGCGCAAGAUCAGCGUCAAUCAUGUACCCAAGAAGAAGCGCUUCUCGCUGAUUUGGUAAAAAGUUGCAAUGCAUUUCUUAAGAAUCAGGCCCGAAGUGAGAUACGAAUGAGGAGGCGAGCUGAAAAUUAUGGUAGGAAACAAGGCAAUUCUGGAAAGGUUUUUUUUUUUGUUGCAUAGUGCAGAAGAGAAUGUUCGGAAAGAAAAAUUGAUAUUCAUUGAUUCAGGAAUGCUUCCAGGGAUUUCGAAGGUGUUCAUUUUAUGGCAAAAUUUAGUUUAAGCUUUGAACGUGUUCAAAUUGCAUGUCCGUAGGAAAACGGUUUUUCGAAUCAAAAUUUGCUUUUUAUGACCUGUUUUCGUAGUCUUAUUUUGCUCAUUACGAGAAGCGCCACAUUCUUGGCAACAUGAAAGUAUUUAGCAUAUUUUCUCAACACUGUAAAUCACGAAGCAUGAGGUGAAAUGACAUUUUGAUUCGUGCUUUUAAAUGUUGCAAUUAUGACAAAACACAUGGAAAUCUGACAUUACCAAACAACCAACUUUGAAGCUAUCAUAUACACAUUGAAGAUACAUUAUCCACUUACAAGUACACAAUAUAAAAUGCAAGAAUCACAUUAACGGUAACACGUAUACACAACAAACACUUCAAAACGACAUGCUCUGUCAUCUAUCUAGCAAGCGUAGAAUAGAAUCAAAACAAAAUGAUGGAUGCGGUAAUCGAUUUUGUUAGAUUUGUAGCCAAAUCUAAUCGCAAAUUUUUACCGUGUACCAAUCAUUACUCAACACAUGUGCAAUCGAAAACAAUACUCACUGAUAAGAGCAUCAACGUUCAUGUCGUACUUACACAAACCAACCAUGAACACCAUACACGGUUACUUCUGCUCACAAUGCACUUCCCAUUUGACAUACUCACCACACGUACAUUUAAUCCGUCGGAUAACCCACUCUAUAUUACCAUUUACAAGUUUUAAGUUCGUUCCGAACAAAGUAUUACGAAUAAUGCCAAAGAUAUAGCCGGGAAAGUAAACAUUUGAUCUCGACGCGAAUCGCCACGUUAAAAUGUCAUUGAUCUCACAUUUUUCUCAAACUUUAUUCUAGUUUCUACGUAAACAAAAUUAUUUAUUACCCAAAUAUUUAGAGCAUAAACCACUUAACCGUAUAAUCAAAACAAACAAUAACGAUGAAACUAACAUUAACAAUUUUCAAUCUGUCCGUUGAAAACAUUGAAACCAUUAAUUAACUCAAUAACAAUGAUUGCUAGUCGACUCGCUAGAGAGAAAGAGAGAGAGAGAGAGUGCCCAAUAAAUUUAGUUCUUUUGAAGAAAAA